GUAUCCAUGCAGCAUUGUGGGCGGGGCUGAAAUUAAGCUUUCAAGUUAUGAGGGUGGGGCUGCCACUGAAAGUUGCAAUGCUAUUGAUAGUGAAUAUUCGCAGUAUACCAUGCGUGUAGAAUGUGUGCUGGAAUGUUGAAGCACAUGUGUAGUACAGUGGAUUGUAACACUGGCGCUCAGUACAUAGCAUCCCGUAUGUGUUUCCAGUUCAUGCGUUAAAGACAUGACAUCCAAGUGUGUCAUAUAGACACGUGAAGCAUUCCAGUGUAUCUAUGUGACAAGUAAGGAUGCCGACGUGAUCGGGUACCGAUUGAACACUAAGAUAUGAUUAUAACACCAGUUUGGGAAGAUGUCCCAUGUGACCACGCCCACACCACAGGGAAACGGGGUGACUCCAACAGGAUGGCAACGUCUUUCGUUCCCACCACAACGAGGCAGUAUGUGCCGGAAGUGUUCCAUGUUCCGCAUGUGGAGACUGGAUUCCGCACCCCUCACCAGCCGUGGCGCUACUACCUCUACAGUUUUUUCCAAAAACACAAUGAAUGCAUAAACUGCUGGACACACUUACUGGGUAUGUGUUUGGCUGUUCUCAGGGCAGCUGAGUUUUCACAGAACCACGACAUGCUAGGGGAUCCCCACAUGUGGCCCUUGACGGCUGGUAUUGUCACCAUGGUUUUGAUGUAUCUAUGCAGUACGAUUGCUCACUGUUUCUCCAACAAAUCAGAACUUGUGCACUACACAGCCUUCAUGAUAGACUAUGCGGGUAUAGGACUGUUUGGAGUGGGUAGUGUCAUCCUUCACCAUCACUACUGUCAUGACGACGCCUGGGUGAGCCCGUGGCUCCAAACUAACGCCGUGGCAGUAAGUGUUGUUAUGGGAACGCUGGUAUGUCUAUGCUGUAGUGCCACUAUGUUCAUGUACGAGCCACCUUACCCUUUCGCGCGCACCGUAUGGCAGAUGUCGGCAGUGGUGGCCAUUUACUUGUUAAAUAGUGUACCUAUUAUUCUGCGGCUCGUCCAGUAUGAGACUGGCCCAUGGCACUCCAGUCUGGAUCAUCAUAUACAACAAAUGGCGUGGUUCGCCUUGGCAGGGUUUUUCUUUGGCUCAGACAUUCCUCAACGCUUUUUUCCUGGGUACUUUGACUUUGUUGGCCACAGUCACCAGAUAUUCCACCUUUGUAUCAUCAUGGUAACAGAGAAACAGCUCGACGGUAUUACUCAUGAAUUAGAAAGACUUGCUCCAAAGUUUUCUACCAUGGCUCUACCAACCUUCUGGAACAGUAUAGGAGCAGUUAUACUAGCCACAUUGUUAAACAGCAUAGUGGUUGUAUUUUGUCAUUUUUAUGCUAGAGAUAUGUUGGUUAAAAAGGAGAAGGUGGAAUAGGUGUAUUUAAAAAACUUGUGAUAUUUGUAUGAUAUUUAUAUCGACUGUAGUAACCGUUUUAUUAUGCAGAUUUUGUUUGAAAAAUCUCGAUACAGAAUAUUUUUAUAAUUUUACAUAAUGUAUGUAUUGUACGUUUUAUAAAAUUUUUGUUAAA